GCCCUGCCACAGGCGCGGGGCUCGCACCAUGGCUCCGUGCGGGAGCAGCUGGCUGGCCAAUGAGGGGAGCAAGCACCUCUGUCUGCUUUUCUGGCUCUCCCUGAAUGUCUGGCUCUUCUGGAAAACCUUCCUGCUGUAUUACCAUGGGCCACAGUACUACUAUUUACAUCAGAUGCUAGGUCUAGGAUUGUGUAUUAGCAGAGCUUCAGCAUCUGUCCUCAACCUGAACUGCAGCCUGGUCCUUUUACCGAUGUGCCGUAUUCUCCUGGCCUUCCUCCGAGGAUCUCAGAAGGUUGCCAGCAGGAAAACAAGAAGGCUGUUGGAUAAAAGUAAAACUUUCCAUGUAACAUGUGGUGUUACUAUAUGUGUCUUUUCGGUCUUACAUGUUGCCGCGCACCUGGUGAAUGUUCUUAACUUCUCUGUGAACUAUACUGAAGAAUUUUUGGCACUAAAUGCAGCAAACUACCGCGGUGAGGACCCCAGGAGACUCCUUUUCACUACCGUUCCAGGACUGACUGGGGUCCUGAUGGUGUUAGUUUUAUUCCUAAUGUGCACAGCUUCUACAUAUGCUAUCAGGCUUUCGAACUACAAUAUCUUCUGGUACACACACAACCUUUUCUUUGUCUUCUGCGUGCUGCUGCUGGUGCAUGUUUCCGGAGGAGUGCUUAAAUACCAGACUAACCUAGAGGAACACCCUCCUGGCUGCUUUCAUCCUAACACAACUCUCCAAGAGGAUAUUCCAGUGCCACGGAUUUUUGAAGAGCCUUUUCCUGAAUACGCUCCUGAGCCUUUCCCAGCAGAACCAGAACCAUUUGUACAAAAUAACGUUGUGAGAAUUUGCACUGAGGAACCCAAGUUCCAGUCGCACUUCCCAGAGACUUGGCUUUGGAUUUCUGGACCUUUGUGCUUAUAUUGUGCAGAAAGGCUCUACCGCUAUAUUCGCAGUUAUAAACCAGUCACGAUAACUUCAGUGAUAAGCCAUCCCUCUAAUGUCCUUGAACUACGAAUGAGGAAAGAAAACUUUAAAGCAAGGCCUGGUCAGUACAUUAUUCUACACUGUCCAAGAGUGUCAGCAUUAGAAAGCCAUCCAUUUACGCUCACAAUGUGUCCGACAGAUACCAAAGCAACAUUUGGGGUCCAUCUUAAAAUAGUGGGAGACUGGACAGAAAGAUUUCGAGAUGUACUGCUUCUCCAUUCAAGUCAGGACACAGAGAUUCUACCCAACUUUCAGCAAAGGAAUUACCCCAAGCUAUACAUAGACGGUCCUUUUGGGAGUCCCUCUGAAGAAUCCUUGAAUUAUGAGGUUAGCCUCUGUGUGGCUGGAGGCAUUGGAGUAACUCCAUUCGCAUCAGUACUCAACACGCUGCUUGAUGACUGGCAAUGCUACAAGCUCAGAAGACUUUACUUUAUUUGGGUGUGCAGGGAAAUCCAGUCCUUUCGCUGGUUUGCAGAUUUGCUGUGUAUGCUGCAUAACAAGCUUUGGCAGGAAAACCGCCCAGACUACAUAAACAUCCAGCUGUACCUCAGUCAAACAGAUGGGAUACAGAAAAUAAUUGGUGAAAAAUAUCAGGUCCUGAACUCGAGGCUUUUCAUUGGACGACCUCGUUGGAAACUCCUUUUUGAUGAAAUAGCCAAGUGUAACAGACAGAAAACUGUUGGCGUUUUCUGUUGUGGACCAAAUGAAAUCUCCAAGGUACUCCACAAAUUGAGCAACAGCAGCAACUCCUAUGGGACAAGGUUCGAAUACAAUAAAGAAUCCUUCAGCUGAAAGUCUUGGGACUAACAGGACUCUAUGGAAGAAAGAAGUGCAAUUAUUUUUUGUAAGACUUAAGAGUCAGAGCUUUGUGCUAAGCAGAUACAAUGUACCAAAGAGUAGCAGGUUUUCUUAUUUAUGAUUAUUUAAAAUUCUGAAAUAAGGAGGACACAGCAAAGUACCAAGUCACAUCAAGUGUUUAUGCUCAAAGCCAAAAGGGCUCAGAGAAGAUUUGUUAUGAUGGUGGGGAUGAUUCAUUUAUCAGUGUGUAAAUUAAUUUAAAAAACGGAAACAAACGGUUGCUUGUAUGGCUGAUUCAAGAACAAUCCAUGGAACAUCUGAAAUGUCUCCACUUCAGCUUGCUAACCUCAGUCCUCUGAAAUUGGGAUUGGUUAAAUGAACACCAGAUUGAUCAGAAUUAAAAGUGCUCUGCAAGACCGACGGUGCUCUUUACUGGCACACAAAUGAAACGGCUUUGAAAUGGAGAAACUCCAGACAAAAAUAUUAGAUUUAAAUAUUACAGAUUGGGAUUCUGUAUGUAAAAUAUGAAAGUGUAUUCUCCCUAGCCUGCCUCCAUACUGAAUAGCUGUCUGGUAGGGAUAUAUAUGGAGGGCUCACCCCAGACUAUGGGAAAGUGAGUGCAACCUUAUGAAAUCUCUGGGCCAAAUCCUAUGAUGAUGUAAAUGACAGGUGGGGUGUAAACUGGCCCAUAGGGGUAACUGGUUUGAUACUGAGUGUGUUCGCAAAAAGCAUAUGAUUUAUGCACUUGGAGUUGGAUCAGGAAAAACAACUAGCAGGAGAAAGCAAGAUAGGGUAUUUCUGCUAUACCCCCAAGUCACCAUGAAAGUCACACUCACUUUGCGCACGCACACACUGGUGAAUGAGUUCAAGCUGGACUUUUUAGGUGCCUCUGCUGAUGAGUUUACAACUCACGUACUCCAGAGUGACUCAAAUUGAUUUUAGCCUCUCAACUGACUUCAGUGGAUUGAUGCUGAUUUACACUGAUAUAACUGAGAGGAGAAUUGGGGCCGAUGUGUCAUUUGCAUCACCAUUUAUAAUAUGGUAGGAAUUAGCCUUAAUUGCUGUGACCCUUUGCUUUGUGUGUGCUGAUGGAAGCCUUGCCCAGUCUACAGAAUGUUGUUGUUGUUGUUCUUUCUUUUCCCAGAGCUUCAGAACAUGAGCUCUCUCUCCUACCAUCCAUUUCCCAAUCUGUACAUAAUAAGCGGGAGAAAUCGGAACCCACUGAUUCUGAGGAGCAACAUUUCCCCUAUCCCAUUGCCUUGGCCUCCUUUAUUUCUUCUUUAAUCCCCCAGUUCUGUUUCCUCAUGUUCAAGUUCUGCUCUAAGGAUAAUAGGGGACUAAAGACGUACACAAUCGGGAUCAGUAUAGUUCCAUUGAUUUUAAUAGAAUGUCAUUGAUUUUGAGCGGAUCUGGCCCUUAAUCUUCCCCCAGACCUCAGGAGCAUCACCUCUAGAAUGCUUGUGGCAUACACUGAAACAGGAGGGUCUCAGCCCCACUCAGAACUGUGGCUCUCCCAUAUGUUAGCACUUUGCACUUUGAUUUAGUUUAUGGC